AUUAAUGGGCAGGUUCCAGCUCCUCCCCGUGUCCUCGGCAGGCGGCCCCCAGGCCAUGUGUAUGAGCUGCAGGCUGCGGCCUUCCUAGUGUUGCUGGGUGCACGUCGUCACCCGGCUCAUCGCUCUGCCGCUCCCGGACCCGACAACCGGACAGUGAGUGCCCGCUGCAGCAGCCAUGGCGAGCCCCUGCAUUGUGCUUGAUGAUGAGGAGCAGGGAUAUGACCUUGAUUUGUUCUGUAUUCCCAAACAUUAUGCAGCCGACUUGGAAAAAGUCUACAUUCCGCAUGGACUUAUCAUGGACAGGACAGAAAGGUUAGCAAGAGAUAUCAUGAAGGACAUGGGAGGUCACCAUAUUGUCGCUCUGUGCGUUUUAAAAGGCGGCUAUAAAUUCUUUGCCGAUCUGCUGGAUUAUAUCAAGGCGUUGAACCGGAACAGCGACAAGUCUAUCCCUCUGACCGUAGACUUCAUUAGACUGAAAAGUUACUGUAAUGAUCAAUCCACUGGGGACAUUAAAGUUAUAGGUGGGGAUGACCUCUCCACUUUGACAGGCAAGAACGUUCUCAUCGUUGAGGAUAUCAUCGAUACUGGAAAAACAAUGAAGACUCUGCUAGCCAUGCUGCAGAAGUACAACCCGAAAAUGGUUAAAGUAGCCAGCCUUCUUGUCAAGAGAACUCCUAGAAGUGUGGGAUACAGACCUGAUUUCGUAGGGUUUGAAGUGCCAGACAAGUUUGUCGUGGGAUACGCCCUGGAUUACAACGAGUACUUCAGAGACUUGAAUCAUAUUUGUGUGAUCAGCGAGGAUGGGAAAGAGAAAUACAAAACAUAGAAACCUGUGUCGCAUUUUAAUCUGCCGAUCCCUGCUCCCACGGCUUUGGUGGAUCUGCUGCUCCCCGACCCUAAUGCUCCAUAUUGCAUGAAAGAAGUUCCCACCCCCUUCAUCAGCUCACACUUCCAUUCCUAAAUCCAUAGAUGAGAAUUAAAGGAACCUAAAGGAGAAAUAAUUAAAUCCCGAUUGGCUUUUAGAACAUGUUUCCUGAUCACGGCAUAAAUCUUCUAAUGCUUU